AUGUCUGCCCCUGCUGCUUUCUCCGAUGUCGCCAAGGCGGCCAACGACCUCCUGAACAAGGACUUCUACCACGCCAGCCCGGCCAACCUUGAGGUUAAGUCCAAGGCCCCCAACGGUGUCACCUUCACCGUCAAGGGCAAGUCCUCCCACGAGGGUACUAUCGCUGGCCAGCUCGAGGCCAAAUACGUCGAUGCCCCUACCGGUAAAGCUCUCCCCAAGCGCAAACCUUGCAAGCCUCUUAAACCACCCGAUUAUGACAUUGGCGCGCGCGAGGGACGCCCGAUGGCGUUUUUCUUCAUGUCAUCGGGCCAGCUUGCGUCACGCCAAUUGACCUUCUUCUUGCUCUCCAACAUCUCGAAUCAUUCAAUAAAGCUAAUAUUCCGUCCGCGCCCAGGUCUUACCCUCACCCAGGCUUGGACUACCGCCAACGCGCUCGACACCAAGCUUGAGCUGGACAACAACAUUGCCAAGGGCCUCAAGGCUGAGAUCCUCACCCAGUACCUGCCCGCCAAGCAGUCCAAGGGUGCCAAGCUCAACCUGCACUUCAAGCAGCCCAACCUGCACGCCCGUGCCUUCUUCGACUUGUUGAACGGCCCUACCGCCAACCUCGACGCUGUGCUCGGCCACGAGGGUUUCCUCGUCGGUGCUGAGGGUGGCUACGACGUCAACAAGGCUGCCAUCACCAAGUACUCCGCCGCCGUCGGAUACAGCGUUCCUCAGUACUCUGCUGCCAUCACUGCCAGCAACAACCUGUCUGUCUUCUCUGCCAGCUACUACCACCGUGUCAACGCUCAGGUCGAGGCCGGUGCUAAGGCUUCCUGGGACUCCACCUCCGGUAACACCGUCGGCCUCGAGGUCGCCAGCAAGUACCGUCUGGACCCCUCUUCCUUCGCUAAGGCCAAGAUUAACGACCGUGGUAUCGCUGCUCUUGCCUACAAUGUCCUGCUCCGCCCCGGUGUCACUCUCGGCCUGGGUGCCUCUUUCGAUACCCAGAACCUGAACCAGGCUGCCCACAAGGUUGGUGCCAGCUUCACCUUCGAGGCUUAA